GUUUUAGCGUUUCGUUAUGCGUCCACAGCCGAAAUGUGCCUUAUGCCAAACGACCGUAUAUCGAGCCGAACAAUUUGGAUGCUUUGGUGUACAGUAUCAUGUGAAUUGCUUUCGAUGUACCGUAUGCCGGCAAGCAUUGCGGGUGGAGCGUGUUCAUCGCGCUAAAGAUGGUCAAUUAUACUGUCAUGUCCACUUCAAACUUCUCGAUGACGAAGGCCGAAUUCAAUUGGAUAAGUCCGUCGAGGAGAAUAAUAACAUGGAUGCGAUGAACAUGGACAUUACAGAGCGAUCACAAGCUUAAGAUCAUCAUUCUCGCCACAUAGUAGCUAAACUGAACAAAAGUGCUUUCCUCUCACAUAAACACUAGCCACAUAGUGCAGUUAUUGUUUUAUUGAUUUAUUGAUCAACUGAUAUAUCGUGACACCAUUGCCAUUUCAAUUGCCUAAAAUUGAGCGCGACCAACGAAAUUUACACAUUCACAUUUGUGCAAAUACAAAUCUAGUUCUAGUAGAGACCUUAUUUUGACAUUAUCACUUCGUGUAUGUAUAUGCAGC